UGACCAGGACAGGGGACGAUUGACCCCUUCGCCAGAUAUAAUUGUCCUCUCCGAUAAUGAGGCAUCCAGUCCCCGUUCCAGCUCUCGUAUGGAGGAAAGACUGAAGGCAGCAAAUCUUGAAAUGUUUAAGGGUAAAAGCCUAGAGGAGCGACAGCAGCUGAUCAAGCAGCUUCGGGAUGAGCUACGGCUGGAGGAGGCCAGGCUUGUGCUGCUGAAGAAGCUGAGGCAAAGUCAGCUGCAGAAGGAGAAUGUGGUACAGAAGACUCCAGUUGUCCAGAAUGCGGCGUCGAUUGUCCAGCCAUCUCCUGCUCACGUGGGACAGCAGGGACUGUCCAAGCUUCCCUCCAGGCCUGGAGCUCAGGGGGUUGAGCCUCAGAACUUAAGGACAUUACAGGGUCACAGUGUCAUUAGGUCCGCCACAAAUACGACUCUGCCCCAUAUGCUUAUGUCGCAGCGUGUGAUUGCUCCGAACCCUGCCCAGUUACAAGGGCAGCGGGUUCCUCCUAAACCUGGCCUCAUCCGCACUACAACUCCAAGCAUGAAUCCAGCCAUCAACUACCAGCCGCAAUCAAGUUCUUCUGUUCCUUGCCAGCGUACGUCGUCUUCAGCCAUCUAUAUGAACCUUGCCUCUCACAUCCAGCCUGGCACUGUCAACAGGGUGUCGUCUCCGCUCCCCAGCCCCAGUGCUCUGAACGACGCCGCCAACUCCCAGGCGGCUGCCAAGCUUGCCCUGCGCAAGCAGCUGGAAAAGACGCUGCUGGAGAUCCCACCCCCGAAGCCGCCCGCUCCCCUGCUGCAUUUCUUACCCAGCGCAGCCAACAGCGAGUUCAUCUACAUGGUGGGGCUGGAGGAGGUGGUGCAGAGCGUGAUCGACAGUCAAGGGAAGAGCUGCGCGUCCUUCCUGCGUGUGGAGCCCUUUGUCUGCGCCCAGUGCCGCACCGACUUCACCCCUCACUGGAAGCAGGAGAAAAACGGGAAGAUCCUGUGCGAGCAGUGCAUGACUUCGAAUCAGAAGAAGGCGCUGAAGGCGGAGCACACCAACCGGCUGAAGAACGCCUUCGUGAAAGCUUUGCAGCAGGAGCAG